AUGACUUUAAAGGCUCUCAUUUCAGACAGAGCUGCACACUCAUGGUCUCUCUCAGUACCACUUCUGAACUGUAGAAAAUGGACCUGAGGAUGUUGUUUUUCUCCUUUCUGCUUGUACCAUGGAUGUUAUAUGCAACAGCACAAAAUGAUCAAAUGGAACUUCAAAACGGUGGGUUUCUGAGAGUGGAUUUGGAUGAAUGGCAGUCAGAUGAUAGCUUUUUUAUGGAGGUGAAGAAGAAAAAGGAAAAGGUCAUUCCAGCCCCAGACUAUGAAAGUGUUGAUAAUGCAAAUGAUGAAGGUUCAGCAGUAGAGAAAAAAGAAGCAGAUCUUCCCACUUGCUUGCUGUGUGUAUGUUUGUCUGGAUCUGUGUAUUGUGAAGAGGUCAGCCCAGAGAUGACAACAGUACCACCUUUCCCAAAGGAAACCACAUAUCUUUAUGCUCGCUUCAACAAAAUCACCAGAAUCACCAACAAGGACUUUGCUGAUGUUGGUACAUUGAAAAGGAUCGAUCUGACAGGCAAUCUAAUUUCGGAAAUUGAGGAUGGAGCCUUCUCCAAACUGGACCAACUAGAAGAACUAACACUGGCUGAGAAUAAACUAAUCAAACUACCAAUGCUGCCCCCAAAGCUUAUCUUACUCAAUGCCAAUCACAAUCAACUCAGAACAAAAGGCAUCAGAUCAACUGUUUUAAAGAAACUCAGAAAACUGGCAUACCUCUACCUUGGUGACAAUGAAUUGGAGGCCAUUCCACCCCUUCCUGAGAGUCUGCAUGUUGUGCAUCUGCAUAACAAUAACAUAACCACCUUGACGGAUGAAACGUUCUGCAAGGGGAACGACACAUACUACAUCAGGUACAACAUGCAGGAGGUGCGACUGGAUGGGAAUCCGCUGAUGCUUGCCCAGCAUCCAAACAGCUUCAUCUGUCUGAGAGCUCUUCCAAUCGGGCUCUACAAGUAAGCUGAAGAUCAAGUGGAGGGACUGUAGAGAGAGGACACACUCCCUCUGCAGUUGUCUAACUGGCACCUGGGGCUAAUAUGACCACAUUCGGUUAUUAUUCCAAGCACCCUUAGUAUCUCCAAAAAGCUUUCAAAGCUUGGCCUAGUCCAGACUUUGCUUUGCGUUUAGACAUUGGCAAUGUCUGAAACCUUGAACAACUGCACUAAGUCAUAUGUCAAAAU